AGUCUUAACUGGAAACUCAUCCCUGAUUGGUGAACGUAGAUUGCAGCAGUAGAAUGCCAAGGAGUAAACACAACAGCAUAGCAACAACUGAGUUUGCAGUCUCGCUGCCCUCAGGCUAGGCCAACCUGGACUCCUUCAGCCCAGAUGACGUGGCCUUGGCUUUUUAUAUGAAGGUUCCCAUUUACCAUUCAGUUGUGAUCCAUCUUACAGCAUGGCAAGGCAGUACAGACGAGAAGAUAAAACUGAUCAACACAGCUAAAAUAAAGUACAGUUCCAGGAUAUACCUUGUGGAAAUAGGAUGAAGUUAACCAGUGAAAAGUUACCCAAGAAUUCCUAUUAUGCCUCUUUAUCUCAUUAUGCUGCUAAGAACCAAAAAUUCUUCCAGUGGAAGAAGAAGACUGAUUGUUACAGCCAUGCUAAUUUGCUGGAUAAGGCACUGCAGAUCUUGAAGGAAAGGAUAAGAAAAGGGGAUGUUCUCGCCUAUUUUCUACGAGGUCAACUCUAUUUUGAAGAGGGAUGGUAUGAAGAAGCCUUGGAACAGUUUGAAGAAAUCCAGGAGAAAGAUCACCAAGCAACUUACCAGCUAGGAGUGAUGUAUUAUGAUGGACUGGGUACCACAGCCAAUGCUGAAAAAGGUGUGGCGUAUAUGAGGAGAGUUCUUGAUUCGCCAUGUCCCAGAGCAAGACACUUAAGAUUUGCAGCUGCUUACAACCUUGGAAGAGCUUAUUAUGAAGGACAAGGUGUCAGACGAUCAGAAGAGGAGGCUGAAAGACUGUGGCUGUUGGCGGCAGACAAUGGAAAUCCCAAAGCUAGUGUGAAGGCACAAAGUAUCCUAGGAUUGUAUUAUUCCACCAAAGACCCUAAGGAGCUGGAAAAGGCAUUUUAUUGGCAUUCAGAAGCAUGUGGCAAUGGAAGUCUGGAGUCCCAGGGUGCACUCGGUCUCAUGUACUUUUAUGGCCAGGGCAUCCGCCAGGAUACUGACGCAGCGUUGUACUGCUUAAGAGAAGCAGCGGAGCGCGGCAAUGUCUACGCUCAAGGGAAUCUUGUGGAAUAUUACUAUAAGAUGAAGUUUUUUACAAAGUGUGUUGCGUUUUCCAAAAGGAUUGCUGACUACGACGAGGUUCAUGAUGUCCCCAUGAUAGCCCAGGUCACGGACUGUCUCCCAGAGUUCAUCAGCAAAGGCAUGGCCAUGGCAUCUUUCUACCACGCACGGUGUCUGCAGCUGGGCUUGGGGGUCACAAAGGAUGAAGAAGCUGCUAAACACUAUUAUACCAAAGCAUGCCGUCUGAAUCCUGAAUUGGCAGAUGAACUCUACUCCCUACUCAUUCAGCAAAGAAUUUAAGCCACAUAGCACUGCAACAAAGACUCAUCAAUCUGAACACCA